UUAUGUUCUUGUGCUGCGUCUUUCAGGAAAGCAUGGGCAUCACCAGGCGAUAUUUCAUUGGAGCAGUGGAGAAAGAAUGGAACUAUAGGCCCGACAGACAGAACGGGUUGUCUUCUUCCACCCCAGGCCCUCAAUAUAAGAAGGCAAUUUAUCUGGAAUAUACAGAUUCUACAUUCAGAGAAGUAAAACCGAAGCCUGCUUGGAUGGGUCUUUUGGGCCCCAUCGUCCAAGCCGAAGUCUAUGACAAGGUAGUUGUGACCUUUAAGAAUAUGGCUUCCCGUCCCUUCAAUAUUCAUGCUAAAGGAGUAUCUUAUUGGAAAUCUUCUGAAGGGGCAGGCUAUGAUGAUUGGACCAGCCAGGUAGAGAAAAAAGAUGAUGCUGUGGAACCUGAUCACACUCAUGUCUAUGUGUGGGAGAUCUUAGAAGAUCAAGGGCCAACUGGAUCGGAUACACACUGCUUAACUUAUGCCUACUCCUCUCAUGUGGACAGCGUCAGGGAUAUUAACUCUGGAUUGAUUGGACCACUGCUGGUCUGUAAGCCAGGAGCGUUGAUGAGUAUAAAAUCCGGGGGCAAAAUACAAGAAUUUGUGCUGCUGUUUUCUAUAUUUGAUGAAGACAAAAGCUGGUAUUCUCACAUCAGAGGAAACUCAAAGUCUCCGUUGACUCAGCAUCAGUUUCAUACCAUCAAUGGGUUCAUUCAUUCUUCUCUGCCUGAUCUCAAGCUGUGUGAGAAGAGGCCUGUCUAUUGGUAUGUCAUUGGCCUGGGCACCAGGUCUGAAAUCCACUCCAUAUUUUUUGAGGGUCACAGUUUUUUGGUGAGAGAACAUCGGCACGCCACUCUGGACAUCUCCCCCGCCGUUUUCCUCACUGCCGAGACAACACCCAGAACUAACGGCACAUUUCGCAUGUUCUGCCAGAUUCCAUCACAUCAGCAAGCUGGCAUGGAAGCCUUAAUUCAAGUGGAAGUUUGCCCAGAACCUCUUCAGAAGAAGCUGAAGAUGGUAGAACCAUCUCCAAGAGAAGACUAUUAUGAUGAUUAUGAAGAGGAUAUAGAGAGCACGGUGAUAGACUUAGAUGAGGUUUCACCAAGGAUUACUGGACGUUCUCGCGCCAAAAAACUGCCCGUGACCUGGAGGCAUUAUAUUGCUGCCGAGGAAGGUGAUUGGGACUAUGCCCCAGUGAAGCCCACUAAUCUGGACAGCACUUACAGCAAAUCUCUGGAAAAUGGCCCCCAGCAGAUCGGGUCUAAGUAUAAGAAAGCCAUGUUUGUGGAAUAUGAGGAUGCGACUUUCAGCAAGCGAAAGGCAUCCAAACCAGAUCAUUUGGGCAUCCUGGGACCUGUCCUCAAAGGAGAAGUUGGCGACGAGUUUAUUAUUCUGUUUAAGAAUUUGGCCAGCCGGCCAUACAACAUUUACCCUCACGGAAUCACCAGUAUCACUUCACUUCACCCUGUUGGAAGUGCCCGACAUCAGAACAUGAAGGUGAUACCAAUACGGCCUAAACAGGUGUUUGCAUACCGGUGGAAGAUAAUGCCAGAGGAUGGCCCGACCAGAUCUGAUCCUAGUUGCCUGACUCGCUACUAUUACAGCUCAAUCAAACCUGCUAAAGACUUAGCAUCUGGGCUUAUCGGACCCCUCCUGAUCUGUUUCAAAGAAACCAUGGAUCAGAGAGGCAAUCAGAUGAUUGCCGAUGAAGCAAGAUUUGUGCUGUUUUCUGUCUUUAAUGAAAAUUGGAGCUGGUACUUGUCAGAAAAUAUUAAGCAAUCUUGUUCCGAUGCAGCCAAUGUUAAUCCCCAAGACGCUGAGUUCUAUGCAUCCAACCUCAUGUACAGUAUCAAUGGAUAUGUCUUUGAUAAUCUUCAAAUGAAACUCUGCCAGAACCAAGUGGUAUAUUGGUAUGUCCUGAAUGUGGGUGCCCAGAGUGAGGUCCUCUCUGUCUUCUUCUCUGGAAACACUUUUAAGCACAACACAGUCUCUGAGGAGGUCCUGGCAAUCUACCCCUUCUCUGGCGAGACAGUUAUCAUGUCCAUGGAUAAUCCAGGCAGAUGGAUGCUGGGAUGCUUGAAUCCUGAUUUUCGAAAACAAGGAAUGAGAGCUAAGUUAAGUAUUUUUGUAUGUCGCCAAGAAGAGUAUGUUGACCAGGACUAUGAAGAGUACUACGAUGAAGGCAUUCCAUCCGAUUAUAUCAAUGAAGCCAAUAUCCUACAGGCAAGAGGCUUCUCCAAGAAAAGUAGACAUCUCCAACUAUGCCCAAACCAGCAUCUGAAUGCUACUUCACUUUCAGAAGAUGGGAGGCUGAACUGCCUCCAGCAAUCUAACCAUCUUCUCAAAGAAAACCGUCACAAGAAUUCCACUGGUCCACUCAUCUCUCCUGGGAAACCCGUAUCACGAGAUGAGCCCUUUUUUGACAUCUUGCCCAAGGAUGCUUUCCCCGUAGAAGAACAAUUGCCCCUACUGAAGCAAAGUUUUGAAGAACACUCUCCUUCAGAAAACUCAGCGCUCGCACAGGAAAUAUCACAUCAUAAUAACCUUUCGUUGGCAAGUUCAGCCAAUUUAGAUAGAAAAGCUAUUGGUGUAGGAAUUCACAGGCCAACCGAUGGUGCUGGGAACUCUACAUCUUCAAGUGAACUUCUUUCCCUUGGUAAUAAUGACAUUCACAUCGUGUCCCACAACGAAGCCAUCGAUGCAAAGCCUCUGAGGAAGACUCCUCAAGAUAACGAGAGGGAGAAGAUUGCGGAGCUCAAGAGAAAUCCAACUGCGAGACUGCCAAAUCUUUUGAACAGACAAAACCCCUUAUAUGAUAUUAUGGACAGGCCUCUCCAUGAUAACAAUAUCAAAAAUGAUAAUGAUAGGUCCCCUAUAAUUCUCUCUUCUACUAAUACUAAAAGAGAUAGCUUUCCUCUACAAGGAGAUUUUGAAGAAAUCAACCAAGACAAGCACCUGGAAGGAAAAGAAUCUUUGCCCAGUUUCAAGGCUGCACCCGGUAAGACCAGUGUCACAAAUUCCCAUGGAGCCUUGAAUGUAUUUGUGGAGCAAAAUGUUACGCAAAGUAGGUCAAUUUUAAGGAUUCCCCAGGUAAAUGUAUCUGGGAAAGGGGAUAUUUCACGCCUAGAAGGAACCUCUCCGUCACAGUUAGCUGGCCUGGGAAGGAGUAUCAGUUCUAACCCAGCAGAGAGUCAGUCAAAACUAAACCAACGGAGUUUAGAAAUGUCAACACAUGGGACAAAGUCAGUGACUUGUCCACAUCAGUCCCACGGUUGCAAUAGACACUUGGGAAAGAGGUCUGCAAAAUCACAGGAAGUCGCGUUGGAUGAAAUAGCUGCUAGAGCAGACGUCCAAGCAAAAUCUUCCAACAAGAGUGAUAAAAGAGUUCAGCCAUUGCUCAACUUCCUUGAGACAAGCAAACAAGCACAUACAUCUAGCCCUCCCAAAGAUGCACCAAUUAUGAGACAAACUGGCCCAGAAAAUCUUUUGCAACUGCAGCUGAGGAAGUCUAGUGGAGAUCGGGAACAAACGUCAAGAAAUGAAUCUUUGAAGGCUACCAUUAAAAGACAGGAGAUGAACAUCUCACAACAAACUCCAUCAGCAAAUAAUAUGCUCUCUCAAGACCUUCUGGCGUCCAACCAGAACAUUCAAGGGCAGCUGUUGAAGGAACCCAAUAGCUCAGUAGAAAUGAAUGGGUUGAAUGAUGAACAAAGAGAGACUCCCAGCUCAAGAGAUGAAACAGCAGUAUUCAAAGGGAAAGAAGAAGUGGGAAUCUCACUCAGCAAGGAUUCAGGGACCGGGUUUCAUGUGAAGGUCUCCAGAACCUCCUUAGAUGUCAACCAACCAGCAGGAGGAAAAUUCUCAAGACCUACGAAAGAGAAAUCUGACUAUGAUGAAUAUAGCAAUACAGAGGAGACCAAGGAAGGUUUUGAUAUCUAUGAAGAUGAACAGGAUCCCCGUAUGUUCACGGGGAAAAUCCGACAAUAUUACAUUGCUGCGGUUGAGGUGACAUGGGAUUAUGGCAGCUCUAUUCCCUCCCCAUAUCUGAGAGACAAUGAUCCGAGGACCAGCUGGAGAAAGCUCUCUAGAAGUUAUAAGAAAGUUGUUUUCCAAGAAUAUUUUGACAGCACUUUUACCCGACAGAUGGUCCGUGGAGAGCUAGAUGAACAUCUGGGUAUUCUGGGACCAUACAUCCAUGGACAGGUUGAAGAUACAAUCUUGGUGACUUUCAAGAACAUGGCUUCCCGACCGUAUUCUUUCCAUUCGAACUUGCUGCCCUAUGAAGGGAGCCAGGAUGAUGGAGAAGGCCAGAAGCCAGAAGCUGUUCAGCCAAACCAAGUUCGCCAGUACUCCCUCAAAGUGUUGCCUGAAAUGGCUCCUGGUUCCACUGAAUUUGACUGCAGAGCAUGGGCCUACUUUUCCAGCGUUAACCUGGAAAAAGACCUGCAUUCCGGUCUUAUUGGACCUCUGAUUAUUUGCCAGGCUUCGGUGAUCCGUACCACACACAUCAGACAACUGGCUAUUCAGGAAUUCUCCUUACUCUUCACCAUCUUUGAUGAAACCAAGAGCUGGUAUUUUGCUGAGAACUUUGAAAAGAGCUGCCCAUCUCCUUGCCACAUCCAGAUGGACGAUCCUGUCCUUAAAAGCAACCACACCUUCUAUGCGAUCAAUGGCCACGUGAGAGACACGUUGCCAGGGCUGGUGAUGGGACUACAUCAGCGGGUCAGGUGGUAUCUGCUGAAUGCAGGUGGUAUUGAGGACAUCCACGCUGUCCAUUUCCAUGGGCAAGUUUUCACCAUCCGAAUGGCCGAGGAGUACCGUAUGGCCAUCUACAAUCUCUUCCCCGGUGCCUUCGAGACAGUGGAAAUGCGUCCAUCUCAUCCUGGAAUUUGGCGGGUGGAGUGUGCGGUUAGUGAGCACGAACAGGCAGGAAUGAGUGCCCUCUUCCUCGUGUACAACAAGGAUUGCCAGAGUCCUUUAGGCUUAGCUUCUGGAUAUAUUGCCGACUCUCAGAUCACAGCUUCAGGACACUAUGGUGAAUGGGUCCCCAGUCUGGCCAGGUUGGACAAAUCUGGGUCAAUCAAUGCUUGGAGGAGUGACCAAAAGAACUCCUGGAUCCAGGUGGACUUGCUCCAGCCCAAGAUCUUCCAUGGAAUAAAAACCCAAGGAGCGCGGCAGAGAUUAUCCAACUAUUACAUCUCCCAGUUUGUCAUCUUCUAUAGUCUGGAUGGAGAGAAUUGGAAGAGUUAUAAAGGCAAUUCUACCAGCUCUCAAAUGAUAUUCUUUGGAAACGUGGAUGGAGUGAGCGUGAAAGACAAUGCCUUCGACCCGCCCAUUGUAGCCCGUUAUCUCCGACUCCACCCAACGCACUUCAACUUUCGCAACACUUUGAGGAUGGAGCUGCUAGGCUGUGACCUGAACAGCUGCUCCAUGCCACUAGGAAUAGAGAGCAACUCCAUUUCUAAUGAACAGAUUACUGCCUCCUCUUGGAUUGACAAUGCAUUCGCUACUUGGUCUCCCUUUUUGGCCCGGCUCAAUCUGAAAGGAAGAAUAAAUGCAUGGAGACCAACGGUUGACAGCACAGCAGAGUGGCUUCAAGUGAACUUUAAGAAGACGUUUCGGGUGACAGGACUAAUAACUCAAGGUGCCAAGUCUGUCUUCACCCAUAUGUUUGUAAAGGAGUUUACUCUUUCCAGCAGCAUGGAUGGAAAAAACUGGACACCCAUUCUUCAACAUGGGGAGAAACAGGUUUUCCAGGGAAAUCACGAUUAUUUCCAGCCCGUGAUGAACUUUCUGGAUGUCCCAUUCUUUGCCAAAUACCUGAGGAUACACCCACUCGUGUGGAACAAACACAUUGCGCUGAGGAUGGAGGUGUUGGGCUGUGACACCGAGCAGAUGGACUAGUCAAGAU